UGUGUGUGUGUGUGUGUUUGUGUAUCUCCAGCAAGUCGGUGAGUGACCGGCGGCUCGUGCGCUCCUCCUGCCCGCGCUCUGAGAGCAGUAUGUCCGCCUACAGGCUGGUUCUGAUCCGGCACGGGGAGAGCUGCUGGAACCGGGAGAACCGAUUCUGCGGCUGGUUCGAUGCGGAUCUCAGCGAUACCGGAGCGGAGGAAGCCCGCAGAGGAGGAGAGGCGCUCAGAGAGGCGGGGUAUGAGUUUGAUGUGUGCUACACGUCGGUACUGAAGCGUGCUAUCCGGACUCUGUGGCUGGUUCUGGAGAGUAUAGAUCAGAUGUGGCUUCCUGUGCACCGGACCUGGCGUCUGAACGAGCGGCACUACGGCGGACUAACUGGACUGAACAAGGCCGAGACUGCAGCCAAGCACGGAGAGGAGCAGGUGAAGAUCUGGAGACGCUCGUACGACACGCCUCCUCCGCCCAUGGAGUCCGACCACGACUUCUACUCCACCAUCAGCCAGGACCGCCGGUACACCGACCUGACAGAGGACCAGCUGCCGGCGUGUGAGAGCCUGAAGGACACAAUCGCUCGAGCCCUGCCGUUCUGGAACGAGGAGAUAGUACCGCAGAUCAAAGACGGGAAGAGGGUUCUGAUCGCUGCCCACGGCAACAGUCUCCGUGGCAUCGUGAAGCACCUGGAGGGAAUGUCGGAGGAGGCCAUCAUGGAGCUGAACCUCCCCACCGGAAUCCCCAUCCUGUACGAACUGGACAAGAACCUGAAACCAGUGAAGCCCAUGCAGUUCCUGGGGGACGAGGAGACCGUCCGCAAGGCCAUGGAGGCCGUCGCUGCUCAGGGCAAGGCCAAGAAAUAGAGAGAGAGAAAGAGAGAGAGAGAGAGAGAGAGAGAGAGAGAGAGAGAGAGAGAGAGAGAGAAAGAGAAUAAAUAGUUCACUUUAUUUAUCAGCUUCUAGAUUUUACACUCUAUCAGCACAUGCCCACUAUUGUGAACAAUACUGUUAUAAUAAUUAAAAAACACAGUCUUAGGGCCCUAUCAUACACCCUAUGCAAGGCACAUGGUGAUGCUUAUUGCUAUCUUACUCCCCAUCAACUCUUAAUGAGCUUCUGGUGUAUCUUCACAGCGUGGAUGUGCAGGUCAGUAUCCUUUGCUGAGACUCACAAAAGCUCUGCGCUGUUGAGAUACGAACGCGCCAAAGUCAGAGCUCACCCGACUCUUAAAGGGAAUGAUUACUGACACACUGAUUAGAGGGAGAACAUUCUAGAAUAGCAUUUAUUUGGUUGGAGAAUAUUCCAUAACAGUGUUAAUAAGAGAAAGUCAUUUUAGAGCAUCAUUAAUUUGGAAGGAAAAUAGAUGUUUGUUGGGUUGGCGGGUGUUGGGUUGCCAAUUGUUGUAAUGCCAUUUGUUGGGUUGCUGUAUGUGUUGGGUUGGUAUGUAUUGGGGUGGCAUGUUUUGGGUUGUCGUGUGUUGGGUUGGGUUGCCGUGCUUUGGAUUGGCAUGUGUUGGGAUGACGUAUGUUGGGUUGCCAUUUGUUGGAUUGGCAUGUGUUGGGAUGACGUAUGUUGGGUUGCCAUUUGUUGGAUUGGCAUGUGUUGGGAUAGUGUAUGUUGGGUUGCCAUUUGUUGGAUUGCCACUUGUUGGGUUGCCGUAUGUGUUGGGUUGCCGUGUGUUGGUUUGGCAUGUGUUGGGUUGGUGUGUGUUGGAUUGGCGUGCAUUGGGUUGGCGUGCGUUGGGUUGGCGUGUGUUGGGUUGGCGUUUGUUGGUUUGCUGAUUGUGUUGAGUUGCCAUUUGUUGGAUUGCCACUUGUUGGGUUGCUGUAUGUGUCGGAUUGCCGAGUGUUGGUUUGGCAUGUGUUGGGUUGGUGUGCGCUGGAUUGGCCUGCAUUGGGUUGGCGUGUGUUGGUUUGCUGAUUGUUGAGUUGCCAUUUGUUGGGUUGUAAUAAAUAUAUUACAACCCAUAUUUGAGUGUGCUCAGUGUGAGGACUCUGCAGGAUUAUUCCAGCACUGCUGCCACUGUAUGAACAUUAGAGUGAAAGGCACUUGGCAUUGCUCUUUAGUGGCAGCUUUAGUGCCAGCCGUAUCCAGGCAACGGCAUUCAUAGAGACGGGGCAGCGGAUAAAUUAGUGAUUUUUAUUUUUUACAGGAAGGAGACUAAAUGCACGGCGUUCCAAAUCACUCCAUGACUCACGCUGAGCUCCGGUGUCCUACAUGCCUGGACGCCCACAGUACAGCACUUAAAAUACCCCCCAUACACACACACACACACACACACGCACACACACACACAGCCGGAGAGAUCACAUGCGUUUUAGAGCUUCUGCACUGCUCGAGUCCACUAAAGAUAAUAAGUCUGUGUGUUCCUAAUGUUCUGAGGUAUUAUAACAUGAAACGGCUGUUUCUCCCUGUCUGAUUGUAAACCUAAUUUCUAUUUAAAGAAAAAUGAGUUGAUAAUAUAUUUAUUAUAUGCUUGACUGAAUGGCACUGUCCUCUAGUUUGUGUGCAAUCACUAAUAAAUGUUACAAAAAUCUAAAAACAA